CCACAAGGAAUCGAGGAGGAGUGGGAGGAGAGGAAAGUCGUCAGAAAAAAUAAAAGAAUUCCUCUUCCGCGGGGCGAGCGAUUCGUCGUCCCCCCACCCUCUCAGUCGCCGCCCGUGCCAUCACCACACCAGCGCAGCCUCCUGCUCAGAUCUGCGGAGCCCCAAGCCCGACCCUCCCCGGCGGCCGCGGCUGCCGAGGCGCGCGCGGAUCCAGGAUGCCUUCGCCCGUGCGGGGCUGCUGCUCGCCCCUGCGCCGCCUCCCCCGCGACGACGCGCUCUCCUGCCCCUGCGCCUGCUCCCAUCGUCUCAAGCCUUGGUCUUGGCGUGCCCAACCCAUCUCCUCCUCCUAACGCUUGCAUCCGCCCCUCGAUCUGAAUAUCUGUCCACCCAUCCAUCCGUCCCCCUCUCUUCCUCCUAGAGUUCUAGUUCUGCCUGCUGCGCUUGGCGCCUGUCAUUUCCUCCCGCGCACCGGCUUGUCUGCAGGGUUUGGUGCUGUCUUGUGCUGGAUCGGAUUGGUUUGGGUCGGUUGCUCGCUCUUUGAACCGGAUCUGCGCUGCUGGGAGUUAGCAUCAGUGCAGCGUGGUCGUACGCUUGCAGUUUCGGUGUAUCACUCUGCAAGCAGCAAGCCAGUGCCUUGAUGGAUGGUCGUACCAGCUGUCUCGAGAGAGCGCCAGUAGUGACAUCUGGCGACAACUCUCCUACCAGCGCUGCGAACGAUGGUCUUCCGCUUCCAAUAGAGAAGCGCUGUGGUUCGGUUGAUGAAACCUGCAAAGCUGCAGAAGGUGGCAGUGGCUUGGUGGAGGCUCAGAUAUGUACGGGUUUCUCCGAGUCGAUCACUUUGGAGGUGAAGAAAGGCCUCCAGAAGUGUGCGACCUUCCCUCCCCCAUCUGGUGAGGCUCAACAGGAGGAUCAUUCAUGCUGCCAUGCAGAUGAUGGGCACACUGGUGCCCCUGCUUAUGAGCGCUCGAUGUCCUUACCUCCAACUAUGAAGCUCAUCUCUGCUAUGAAAGGAGGCCGCAAAAAGAAUGGAAUGGCAUCACCAACUGAAAAUCGCCACGUCAAAUGGGCCCCUGACGUGUAUGAUCCCCCUGUGACGUCGGUAUGCCAUUCAGUGAAUAGCAGUUAUCAGCGGCGGUCCAAAUCCCGCAAGAAGGAGAAGAACAAGCAGAAGAAGAAGCAGAAGCAGAAGGGGAAGUCCAAGAAAAAUCACCAGAAUUCUAUACAGAGUUCAUCUGUAAUGCAGGUUCCUGAUCAUGGGUUGAAAGGUGUUAGCACUACUGGCGGUCAGUCUUCAGUAGACGAUCAUGCAACCAUGAUCAUGGAUUACAGCAUGGGCAAUCAGGAAGCCAAAUGUGGAAGCAGCUUCCUGCGUGAGUCUGUUGCCAAAAUGCAUUUCUCGAUUGCUGAAGCUUCCUGAGAGGCACUCAAGUUAUGCAGAUGCACCCUCAAUUCUGUAAAUAUGAUGGAUGUAUAUAAAUAAAUCCAGCAUGCUAUUGUUGUCGUCGUGGGCGUUGUGUUGGGUUUGAUGUGUUUUGAGUUAUGGCCUGGUGUGGUACUGGAGAAAUAAUUCUUGGACAGACUUUGAUCUGUAUGUUUUGGUGGACACACAUCUAUCUCCAAUCCAUGGCUUUGCUGUUGUUGCCUUA